AUGGAACGCGUCCAUCGGGUCAGUCUGAAGCGCCAGAAAAGUCGCUACGCCCACCAGACUGGCGGUACAGACAAUUCUCCGGAUAAAUUUCCCACCGGACAACAAUUGGAAGCAGGUCAUCUUCUGUCCAACCAAAUGAACGAGGGCCUGAUCUGUCUGAAGCACAACAGAAGCGACGCCAGUCUCGGCUGUCCGGAGCAGUCGCUUCCGGCGCCAGGAACGAGGCUGAAUGCAACUCGGUUUCGUGUUCAGGCCGUUGACUCGGGGCCGGAAAGGCUCUUAGCUCGUGGUGACCACAGCCUCGCCGAGGUCAGAGCUGCCAGUAGGCCUGGCCAUGCUCUCUCUUCGUCUGGCCUCGCGGCGUCCACCUCGUCUUUGGCCGUCUGUGACGACGUUGCCGGAAUGCCCGGCCCCGGCACUGGGGCCCUAGGAGUCGAGGAAUUGCGCGAAGAUGAGCUGAUCUCGAUGGACUGUAACGAUCGUCAGGCUGAGGACAUCAGCAACAGCCUACUUCAGAGUGCCGGCAACCCAAUUGUGGAGCCGAACCCUGAGCGCCUGUUGGCCGCCGUCGUGACCGCAGCCACAGUAGCAGUAGCGGCCAACGCCAAUGUUAACGUCAACUCCAAUGUCAACUCAAAAGCGACCUGCGGCGCCUCUCUGUUGAGAAUGCAGGCCGGACAAGAUGCUACCUCUGUUCCAGUCCUCUCGGGCAGGACGGGAAGAGCUUUCAGACAGGCGGGAAGAGGACAAAACAGCCACGAGAAUAGUCUUCUUCUCAGCCGAAAUGCCAAGGCCUUGUCAGUGGCAUGGUAG